AUGUUGUCCACUCUCCAACCAAACACGGACCACUUUGCCUCGAACACAGGCUCCGGCCAAGGCGGUGGUGGAUCUGGCGGUUUCUCCGUCUCGCAAAUCGAAGCUCAGCGCUCUCUCAAAUCCUCCAUCCCAGAGCUCACUUCCGGUCAGCACGAUGCCAUCCCCUCUCUCCUCACCACUUACUCAGAACUGCCCAAACAAAUCGCCGGCCCUACCGUCUGGGAUGCAGCCUCGUACUCAGGUGAAGCGAACCGUUCCAAAUGGGUGCACACUUUCACCGAAACCGAAAUUGCUCAACUCGAAUCUGCCUCUCAACUCUGGCUCGAAUCCGGUCGUGAACUGGGCGAGGUUGAACGUUCCACUUUCCCACUCCCUUCUGACCUUGUUGCUACUCUUACCCAACUUCGAGAACGCUUGGUCAAGGGCCAUGGAUUCUACCUCUUCAAAGGCCUGCCCACCAAGCGAUGGGGUAACCGCCUAUCCGCGAUUGCAUACCUCGGUCUGGGUUCCUACUUGGGUAAUGUAGUAUCGCAGAACCGAUACGGCCACAUCUUGGGCCACGUCAAGGACUUGGGCGAGGACCCAACCAAGAUCGACAAGGUUAGAAUCUACCGCACCAACGCACGCCAGUUCUUCCACACUGAUUCAUCCGGUGGUAUCGUUGGCCUUCUCUGUCUUCACAAAGCGAUUGAAGGCGGAGAGAGCGAUAUUGUCUCCUCUCAUGCUGUUUGGAACCAUUUGCAAGCCCACCGACCAGAUCUUGCCGAACUUCUCGCAUCCAACAUCUGGCAUUUCGAUCGCAAAGGAGAAGUUUCUUCCUCCAACCCUUACUCCCCUGACGAGCCUCAGAAAGAAUGGCUUACCCGACCUAUCUUUCACCUCGUCAAGGGUCAGCCUGAAAACCGUCUCAUCCUGACCUACGACCCUUACUACCUCAAGUCGAUCCAGCGCCACGUUGAUGCUGGACACAUCCCCCCGCUCUCGGAAAAGCAGAAAGAAGCAAUGCAAGUGUUGGAAGAGACAGCAAAGCAGCUGAGCUUGCACAUGGUGCUAGAUGUGGGAGAUAUCCAGUUCGUUAGUGAUGUACACGUGUUGCAUGCUAGGACGGAGUACAAGGAUCCUGCACCGCCAGCGCCGAGGAGACAUCUAUACAGGUUAUGGUUGGCCGUCCCGACGCAACAAGGCGGUUGGGAGAAUGCUUAUCCUGAUAACGCACUGAAGAGGAGAGGUGGAAUUCAGGUUGAUGAUACUAAGCCCACUUAUCCUCUCGAUGGGGAAUAA